AUGUUAUCUCUUUACCUCCAGAGGAAGUAUGCGCUCCAUUACAAGAUUGCUCUCAUCAUAAACUACCUGGGGCACUGUAUAUCAGUAGGGGCCCUUAUAGUUGCCUUUAUGCUUUUCUUGUGCUUGAGGAGUAUCAGAUGCCUGCGGAAUAUUAUCCACUGGAACUUGAUCACUACAUUCAUCCUGAGGAAUGUGAUGUGGUUUCUGCUUCAAAUGAUAGAUCACAACAUACAUGAAAGCAAUGAACCCUGGUGCCGAUGUAUUACCACUGUCUACAAUUAUUUUGUGGUGACCAACUUCUUCUGGAUGUUUGUGGAAGGCUGCUACUUACACACUGCUAUAGUGAUGACUUAUUCCACAGAUAAGCUGCGGAAAUGGGUCUUUCUCUUCAUAGGAUGGUGUAUUCCUUGCCCAAUCAUCAUUGCCUGGGCCAUUGGCAAGCUAUAUUACGAAAAUGAACAAUGCUGGUUUGGAAAAGAGCCAGGGAAAUAUAUUGACUACAUAUAUCAAGGGCCAGUGAUUCUUGUUCUUCUGAUAAAUUUUGUAUUUCUAUUUAACAUAGUUAGGAUUUUAAUGACAAAGCUGAGAGCUUCAACCACUUCAGAAACAAUACAGUACAGGAAGGCAGUCAAGGCAACGUUAGUUCUUCUGCCUCUGCUAGGCAUCACCUAUAUGCUUUUCUUUGUCAACCCUGGUGAAGAUGACAUUUCCCAGAUUGUCUUCAUCUAUUUCAAUUCCUUCCUGCAGUCUUUUCAGGGUUUCUUUGUGUCAGUAUUUUACUGCUUCUUGAAUGGUGAGGUCCGUUCUGCUGCCAGGAAAAGAUGGCACCGCUGGCAAGAUCAUCACUCCCUCCGAGUGCGUGUGGCACGUGCCAUGUCUAUCCCCACCUCUCCGACACGAAUCAGCUUCCAUAGCAUCAAACAGACCGCAGCCGUGUGAUAUGCCCCGCACAUACACACAGCACCUGGUGGCCUUCAAGGUUCUUCUUUCUUCACUCUACCCAAGCCCCUUUCUUCAAACUUUCUUCCUUUAUUCUGCACUGCUCUCUUUCGCAAUGAGGUGCCCAUCAUAUUUUCAUGGACUCUCAUCUCCCAUAUUCGUGAUGCUGCUUUAAGGCAACCAGGCAAAAGCCUCUUGGGGUAGGUGGUGGCGAAACAGAUUCAAAGAAUAAAGAGAUUCAACACUGACUGCACCUUGUGGAAGUUCACAAUACAAAGUCUAAAACAGCACACUGGCAGGAACAAUUUUUUUCUCCUUUUGUUUUUUUGUUUUCCCCUCCGUAUUGUGGUGAACAAAGACUAUUUUUACCAUACUGCCCAUCUCACCCUGUACAUUGAUUCCCAAUGAUUUCAACAGUUUGGUGUAUAGAUAGCCCAUCUCUUUCUUGUUUCUUUGUAAAAAUUUCUUCUCUGCAGAACUGUCAUUUGAGAACAUGUGGCAGCAAGAAAAAGAGCAUCUGAAAGGUGGUGUGAAAAAUCCGAAUUUAUCUACCUUCCCCAUUUGUCCCUUUGAUAGACUGGGAUUUAGCCAGGGCAUCGCUGGACUGUUUAACACAGGGCACUUUGCCUUGCAAGAACCAUGCCCUGUUCGUACACAAGAUUUUGAAAAGGACGGCAAUAUCUCUAGAUAGCUCUAUAAAGUAUCCUUACUCCUCUUAGCCCCACGCUUUCAACACAAUGUAAGUAGCCUUUGGAAAAUCUUUGGUUUUUUUCAGCUAAGAGGAUUGGGGUGGGGAAGGACAACAAAACAUGUUUUCUGGGUUUAAAAAAUAAAAAAGGGAAGCGCUGUAAAAAUCGUAAUGAGAAGAGGAUGUUUGCAUUAUGAGGAUAGUGCUACAUGCUGCACAAAGAUUAUCUAUUGAGCAUUUUGAACUAGAGCAGAUGUAUCUACUAGGCUUUUUAUGUGAUGUUCAAAAAUACUGUAUAUUUUCAAUAAUAAACACUACUCUGGGUUGGUUUCAAUAAAACCAGGCAUCAUUUUCUUUACUCUGGAAAGGAAGAGGACACCUAUCUUGAGAGCGUUUUUCACUAAGAUCAGGGAAAGAAAUCCUGUUUGAUAAUGAGCCAAUAAG